GCGCCGAGGCCGGGGACGCGAAGGUCGCCGGCGAGGUGGAGUUGGUGUCCCGCGGCCUCGCGAAGACCGCGAGGCAGCUGGACACCGAGCGCGAGCAUUGGAACGCCUCCGCCCUGGCGCUCGAGAGGGGGCUGGCCGAGCACAGGGUCGCGAUGGAGUCCCUGGGCGCGCAGGUCGCGGCUGUCGAGGCGACCAACAGCGCCCUGCAGGGCCUGGUCGGCACGAAGGCCGGGGCGGAGGAGGUUGCUUCGCAGAGAGCCGCGAUCGCCGCAUUCCAGCAAGAUAUUGUCAAGAAGGCGGAUUUGACUGUGACGGCUGCUCUCGAGUUGUCUGUGCUGGGCCAGCAGAGCAGCAUCGAGCGGAUGCAGGAGCAGGCCGCCGAGAAGGAGGCUGCCAGAGACGAGAGGGCCCUCGCCGAGCAGCGGUCGAGCGAGG